AUGGCAGCACCACAAGGGGGUUUCCCUCCCCAGGAAGGGUACGGUCAGCCCGCCUACGGGGUCCCUGAGCCCACACAGUCUCCGGCCUCGGGACAAGCUGCGCCGGGACCUGCACCCGCAGCUGGUGGAAAAAAGAAGAGAGCGUACGCUGGCGAAGCCUUUGAUUUCGGAUCUGGUGCCAAUGCUGCCCUCGGUGGACAGCAGACAGCUGGAGGCGCCUACGGUGCCUAUCAACAGCCCCAAGCUGCUGGAUAUCAACAACCGAUCUACGGUGCGGACCCCAGCCAGAUGCAGCCCGGAGCACCCAUCGCAUACAACUCACCCGCUGCCCCGGCUGCCGAUGUUAACCAGAUGACCCAACAAUUCGGUGGGAUGGGAAUGGCCGAGCCGCACCACAUGCCACCCCCGCAGCCGGCCCAAGCCCCUAUGCGCCCUCAAGUUCAGCUCAACCAGCUUUACCCCACCGACCUUCGGUCCCAACCCUUCAAUGUCGCAGAGUUGGACUAUCCUCCACCUCCCGUCAUUCUGCCUCCGGGAACCAGUGUUUACCCAUCCCCGGAAGCCAAUUGCCCCACGAAAUAUAUGCGAUCCACGCUGAACGCUGUCCCGACAACGAACUCCCUCCUCAAGAAGUCCAAGCUGCCCUUCGCUCUCGUCAUUCAACCUUACGCUUCUCUCCACGAUGCCGAGGACCCCAUUCCUGUCAUCCCCGACCAAGUUAUCUCACGAUGCCGACGUUGCCGCUCUUAUAUCAACCCCUUCGUCACUUUCCUUGACCACGGACACCGCUGGCGCUGUAACAUGUGUAACUUGACCAACGACGUGCCGCAGGCCUUUGAUUGGGACUCUACCUUGCAGAAGCCCGCUGAUCGCGCGCUGCGUUCCGACCUGAACCACAGCAUGGUGGAAUUUGUUGCGCCCCAGGAAUACAUGGUCCGCCCACCGCAGCCUUUGGUUUACCUCUUCUUGAUUGAUGUGAGCUAUGCAUCAGUGACCAACGGACUUUUGGCCACUACUGCUCGCACGAUCAAGGAGAGCCUCGAUCGAAUCCCGAAUGCAGACCGCCGCACUCGCCUCGGUUUCAUUGCCGUUGACUCGAGCCUGCAUUACUUCAGUAUCCCGCGGGAUGGCUCAGCAAGCUCGGAUCCCCGCAUGUUGGUCGUCAGUGAUCUGGACGAGCCUUUCCUCCCGAUCCCCGGUGAUCUCCUCGUUACGCUGAGCGAAUGCCGUGAGAAUAUCGACAUCUUCCUCGACAAGCUGCAGGAAAUGUUCCAGCACACUCAAAAUAACAGUUGCGCCAUGGGAUCUGCAUUGCGCGCCGGUUACAGAUUGAUCUCACCUGUUGGUGGAAAGAUGACAGUUCUGAGCUCAUCUUUGCCCAACAUUGGCCAUGGAGCACUCACUAUGAGAGAAGAUAAGAAGGUACUAGGAACCAGCAAAGAGUCAGGUUUGCUCCAAACUGCCAACUCUUUCUACAAGAGCUUCGCGGUCGAAUGCUCAAAAGCUCAAGUAUCGGUCGACAUGUUCCUCUUCUCCUCUCAGUACCAGGAUGUCGCAUCUCUCAGCAACUUGCCCCGUUACACCGGUGGUCAAACAUACUUCUACCCCGGAUGGAAUGCAGCACGGAGUGAGGAUGCAAUCAAAUUUGCCUGCGAGUUCUCUGACUACCUGUCUUCGGAAAUUGGUCUCGAGGCCGUUCUUCGUGUGCGUGCUACAACAGGCCUGCGCAUGAACACCUUCUACGGCAACUUCUUCAAUCGUAGCUCUGAUCUAUGUGCCUUCCCGGCUUUCCCUCGUGAUCAGGCCUAUGUUGUUGAGGUGGCCAUCGAUGAGACCGUCACCAAGCCCGUCGUCUGCAUGCAGGCUGCUGUUCUUCACACUACUUGCAACGGCGAGCGUCGCAUUCGUGUCUUGACAUUGGCCCUGCCAACCACUCAAACCCUCGCUGAUAUCUACGCUUCGGCUGAUCAGCAAGCUAUUGCCACAUUCUUCAGUCACAAGGCCGUUGAACGUACCUUGAGCAGCGGUCUUGACCCUGCUCGUGAGGCCCUCCAGGCCAAGAUUAUCGAGCUUCUGCAGACCUACCGCAAGGAGCUCGCCGGUGGUAGCGUCAGCGGUGGUGGCCUCCAGUUCCCUGCCAACUUGCGGGCCCUGCCCGUCCUGUUCCUCGCAAUGAUCAAGAACCUUGGUCUUCGCAAGUCUGCCCAGAUCCCAACGGAUAUGCGGUCCGCGGCAUUGUGUCUGCUGUCAACCCUUCCUCUACCUCUUCUCAUUCAAUACAUCUACCCCCGAAUGUAUUCCCUUCAUGACAUGCCUGACAAUGCUGGUGUACCCGACGAGGCAACCGGAGAGAUUAUCCUGCCUCCCUCUAUCAACCUGUCAUCGGGUCGCCUUGUUCCCUUCGGUCUUUAUCUGAUCGAUGAUGGACAGACUCAGUUCCUCUGGGUUGGCCGCGAUGCUGUUCCCCAGCUUAUCGAGGAUGUCUUUGGCGUCCCCGACAAGUCACAACUGCGCGUUGGCAAGCAGACCCUGCCUGAUGUUGAGAACGAGUUCAACCAGCGUGUGCGUGCGGUAGUUGAGAAGAGCCGCGAUCACCGUGCCAAGGGUGUGGGUAGUAUGAUUGUGCCUCACCUGUACGUGGUUCGUGAGGAUGGUGAGCCCGGUCUGCGUCUGUGGGCUCAGACCAUGCUCGUUGAGGACCGCGCGGACCAGAGUGUCAGUCUGGAUCAGUGGAUGGGCACAUUGCAGGAGAAGGUUUGA